GAUCAAAUGCAAUCGACGUCGUUACUUCAAUUGUGUUUUUGUUUCUUUCGCGACUUGGAAAUAUGCCUCAAGUAGAGUUGCAGUUCGGUGGUGGUCUGGAAAGCUUGACAGGUGGAAACAAGGUUGUCCCAGCUAACUUUUCUGGAGAACAAGUUGUUCUAGGGCGAGUUAUCGACUGGAUUAGGACGUGCUUGAUUAAAGAGAAACAUGAAUACUUUGUACAAGGUGAACAUAUUCGUCCGGGUAUUCUUGUGCUUAUCAAUGACGUUGACUGGGAAUUGGAAGGAAAGACCAGUUACGUUAUUCAAGAAGGAGAUCGUAUUACUUUUAUUUCCACUUUACACGGAGGUUAAGAGUUGUGAACAAUUCGUUGUAGUACAGUUGGUUUCUAACAUAGUUGUAUUUAUUUUAUUCCAAAAAUGUUGAUAAUCAUAAAUCGAUUCCUUUUUCCAUUGGAUUCAAAAACCGU